CACAUCGCUCCCACUGAAAGACGCACACUUCGGCUUUCGGUUGCCGCUCCCACUUCAGCUCUUUCCCACCAUCCAAACAAAGGUAUGGCGACAGCCACCGAUGUACCCAGAGACCCAACUCAACCCACCAACGAAGUCAAGCUUUUUAAUCGCUGGUCAUUUGAGGAUGUUCAGGUUACCGAUAUCUCUUUGAGUGACUACAUUGGGGUCCAACCUUCCAAGCACGCAACCUAUGUGCCACACACUGCUGGGAGGUACUCAGUGAAGCGUUUCCGAAAGGCUCAAUGCCCAAUUGUUGAGAGGCUUACAAACUCACUGAUGAUGCACGGCCGGAACAAUGGGAAGAAACUUAUGGCAACUAGGAUUAUUAAGCAUGCCAUGGAAAUUAUUUAUCUCCUGACUGAUCAAAACCCAAUUCAAGUCAUUGUUGAUGCUAUAAUCAACAGUGGACCUCGUGAAGAUGCUACUCGUAUCGGUUCUGCUGGUGUUGUCAGGCGUCAGGCUGUUGAUAUUUCUCCUCUCCGUCGGGUGAAUCAGGCCAUCUACCUCUUGACCACUGGUGCCCGUGAAUCUGCAUUCAGAAACAUUAAAACCAUCGCAGAAUGUUUGGCUGAUGAGCUUAUUAAUGCCGCAAAGGGUUCUUCUAACAGCUAUGCCAUCAAGAAGAAGGAUGAAAUCGAGAGAGUUGCAAAGGCCAACCGUUGA